AUGAAGUACGCCCUCAUUGCGUCUCUGAUCCUUCAGAGCACUGUUGUGCUUGCGGACCUGUUGCCAGUAUACAUUCAGGGCCCGACGCCUUCGCACUUCAGAGACAUCGUCCGCAAUGACACAUACGACUUCGGUUGCAGGGCUGUUGCUAAGCCUAGCGAGGAUCGAAGCCACUACAAGCUCCACGCUUGGCUCACUGAGGAUCAGAUCGAGUAUCUGUCUAAAGAAUACGAGUUGAUGCCCGAAGUGUCACUCCACAGAAGAACGUUGGACAAGAGAGCCACUGCUCCUAUUGGAACUGGUGACCGUUUCAGUGCGGGAACCGUUUCGCCCAUCGGUCUUGGAACGCGAGCUUCCGGCACGACUAUUGCCAGCAUCAUGAACGUUGCUGAGAUCAAAUCCGCCGUUGAUGCCCUUGUCAAAAAUUACGGCAUUGGGUCCCUCACCUUGCCCUCAAAGACUUUCAAUGGUGCGAGUCAGUACGCCUACUACGUCGGAGCCGGUACCGAUAAGUCUAAGUACCACCUGUACUUCAGUGCCGCCGUGCAUGCCCGCGAACGGGGUGGCCCUGACAACAUCAUUUACUGGGUUUCGGACCUCCUCGCCGCGAACAAGUCCGGAAGCGGUCUCGCCUACGGGAAGAAGACUUACACCAAUGCCCAAGUUAAGAGUGUUCUCGCUGCCGGCAUCGUCUUUUUCCCUCUCGUGAACGCAGAUGGAGUCGCCUACGACCAAUCUUCCGGAUCUCUCUGGCGCAAGAACCGAAACACCAAGUCUGGCUCAAGCGGGGGUUCGAUCGGCGUCGACAUCAAUCGCAACUUUGACUUUCUGUGGAAUUUCAAAAAGUACUUUGAUGCAUCCGAGUCGCCUGCCUCUACUUCUCCCAGCUCCGAGGUCUUCUACGGCACUUCUGCUGCCUCGGAGCCGGAGACCAAGAACCUCGUUUCCGUGUAUGAUUCUUUUCCCAAAAUCAGGUGGUUUAUGGACAUCCACUCCGCCGUCGGCGAUCUUUUGUACAGCUGGGGUGACGACGACGACCAGACAACCACGUCUACGAUGAACUUCCUCGACUCUGCCUACGACGGCAAGCGUGGUCCCGUGGGCGACUCGGUGUACAAGGAGUACAUCCCCGCCAAUGACCUAACCAACAUCAGAACUGUCGCUACCGCCACUGUCAACGCCAUGAAGGCCGUUGGCGGCCGCUCAUACACGUCUAUCCAGGCUGUCGGUCUUUACCCGACCUCCGGCGCGAGCGACGAUUAUGCCUUCUCCCGUUUUUGGGCUAAGCCUGGUGUGAACAAAGUUUACGGAUACACUUUGGAGUUCGGUCCAUCGGGUGACUUCUAUCCCACCUUGGCCGAGUUCAAUACCAACAUUCUGGACACGAAUGCGGGAUUUAUGGACUGGGCAUUGGCUGCGAUCAGCGUUGGUCUGGAGUAG